AUGGCCAUGGUUGCCGCAAGUGGCGCACCCGCAGACGCGCGGCCAUUGGACAGCCUGGAAAGAGUGCUCCGGGCCUCUUAUGCGCCUUGUUUCUACCUUUGGCGAACUUUUGCCCCUCCGUGGCAAUGGACUACGCCCCGCUAUGCCUUGCCGGAGAAGCUUGAACUUGCCGAUUUUGGUUUUGCAUCGGCUGUGGCGUUCCUGGCAGCGACGUUGGCUUUCUGCAUAUGCUUCGCAGCUCUUGAGGCUCUGGGGGCCAGAAGCUGGAGAUGCCGUGCACUUUCGCUGGCUUGGGCGACCUACCUGGCACUGCUGCUUCCGUCACUGGGCGUCGUGUCAACCCAUAUUUGGGCCUUGGCCGCGGACAGAUACGCUUACUUGCCCACCCUGUGCAUUCUCAUGCCGUGCACAGCCGCCCUGCUCCAAAGUUUGUGCGAGGGAUGUGCGUUGAAGUGCAGAGCUUUGCUGCUGGCAUUGGGGAUCGUGUACCUCCUCUCAUGUGCUUGGCGUGCCCAUGAGGUUGCUUGUCACUGGGCGUCUGGCUCCUCAUCUCUUUUCGAGGCUAUCCUGCACGAGCAGCCCGACCAGUUCAACACCUUGAAGGACUUUGGAACUCUUGAGCUCAAACGGGGCAAGCUGGAGAAAGCCAAAGAUCUGCUUUCUCAUGCCCUGCGAAUUCGACCGGAUCAUAGCGGCCUACUCUUGAAUAUCGCAACCCUGCUCCACCAGUCCAAAGAAACGGCUGAGGCAGAGGCGAUGUACCGAAGGGCGUGCGCAUCGGCCAAGGCGGCCGUGGAACUAUGUCAAGGGUGCCAGCCGGCAGCCACGGAGCUAGCAAAAGCUCAUGCUAACUAUGGUGGACUGCUGCUGCAGUCGGGACGGCAUGUGGAUGCCGCAAAGGUUCUGGAGGCCGGUCAGCCGUGGGAUGGUGCGGUGGACUCCGCUCGCGGGCCGGGAUUCUUCCAUCUCUGCCUGGCACAUCGUGGGCUUGGUCGUCUGGAAAGUGCAUUGAGGAACUGCCACACUGCCGCCGCCGCUCAAAGCCAGCCGGCACAGGCAUUGCUGGGCCAGUACGAGGCUGAGGUGCAGAUCCUGGGUGUGCGCUGA